CAGUAACCUAGCAACCACAGACGCGAGCGCUCUGCGUCGUCCAGCUCGAUGUUUACUACUCAAAUUUUUAAUUUUUUUUUUUACUUUAAAAAAGCCUGUUUUUUAGCUUUUCAGAUGGACGUGAAACUCGAGGCACAAAAGAGACCGCUGGCUACGUUGUCCUCAUUCAGCUACAUUCCACCACGACGAAUGGGACCAAAAGAAAUGUCAAUCUUCAACAGAGACUCAAGGGUCCCAGAGGUCUCCAUGUAUGACCAAGUGUUCCACCAGGCCGAGGGUUAUGAUAUGAGACUGCACCGAGACGAGAGGAACCACUAUAAAGCAGGGGGAUUAGAAAUAUACGAAGAGGAGAAGACUCGAGCUGUUCCUAUGCGAUCCUCUUCAGAGUACGGUCAUCGUCCUGUUCCCGUCCUGUACCAGCCGGGCCGGCAGUACGCUCGUGUGGCUCGCACAAAAGAAUUUUUCAUGAAAAACGGGAUCAUCUGGAAUGCGGCUGAAGGGUACGGAUCAGUGACCCCUGUUUGAAAGCCUUGAAAGUAUCACAGCAUGAGAUCAAAGUGUUUGUUCUCACUGUGGAAGCAAUCACUAAUAAACCAGUGUUGUAGAGUGUA